AUGGAGGUCGACGGCGAUCCUCGCUUGAGUCUUCUCGCGCCCUACGACGCCGAGGCGCUCCAACGCGAGUUUGCGGACCGCUCGCCGCGCGCGGCCUACCGCUCCCUCUCCACGCAGCACCGCUGCAAGGCGAACCCGCACGUCCUCGCGAUGCUGCCCAGUCUGCCUGAUGGCUGGGCCCAGGUCGUCCGCCUGGACCUGGCCCGGACGUAUGUCGGCCGGAACGCCCUGCCCCCGCUGUUGCAGUUGUGCCGUCGCCUGUCCUCGCUUCGCACGCUCGGGGUGGCGGACAACUACCUCGAAAACGAGUCGAUCUGGGAUCUGGCGGGGAUGGCGAUGCACCACCCGAGCCUACGCGCUAUCGAUCUGAGUCGCAAUGCCGGUAUCUCAUGGUCAGGGGGGAUGACGCUGGCCCAGGCCGUCUGCACCAACGUCCAGUUGACCUCAAUUUGGCUUUACCAAACGUCGAUCCCGGAUGACCUCGCGGAGGGGAUUUUUCGCCAAACGCGGCGGAAUUCCACCAUGACGUUUGUCGCGAAAGGGGGCGUGCGACGCCCUGGCGAUCACGCGCGGCUGAUUAAACUCCGCGCGAUGCAUCGUUUCUUUCGGUCUAUUCAGGCGGAAGAUCUUUGCAUCUCCAGAGAGGCCGUAGUGGAUGGAUUUCGGGAAAAACUGCACAUCGAGGGGAAGGAUCUCACGGCGUGUGAUGAUAUCUCGAAUUUUAGGACGGCUUUAACCAAAUGGGAGCCGCCCGAACGGGUCUCAUGGGAGGCGUUUAUCGUUUUGGUGAUGUUAGAAGGGGUAAAGUACUCCUCGACGUUAGUAUCUGCGCUUCGAAACGCAUUUUUGGCGUUCGAUGUUUCCAUCUCAAAAACAGUAAAUGACACUGAUAUGAAUGGCUACGUCGAGGUGAGCUCUUUCGCAGAUAUAUAUGUAUGGCUUUAUGAGCAAAUGCCAAAAGAGGAGGAUCUUACUUAUUUGCAAAGCCUCUUAGGGUUGACAAGUGGACAAACCGUAGAUUGGUCUGAGUUUUUAUAUAUCUGGUAUCACCGACAGCUGCGCACUGGUGAAAGAAGUAUCGGGAGUACUCUCACGCCCCUUCCGCAGACCACUUUGCUUUGGCAUUACUAA